UCAAAAAAUAGAAAAGAGAGAGAGAGAGAGAGAGAGAGAGAGAGAGAGAGACAAAAGAAAAAACAAAUCUAACAAGAAUCGAAAAAGUUUUUGCGAAUGCACUCACAUAAUUUCACUUCUUCUUCUACCUCCUCCUCCUCCUCCUCCUUUUCUUCUUCUUCUUCUUCUUCUUCUUCUUCUACGUCGGUGAAAUUACAAAAGUUUGUUUUAUUCGACACGGAUUCGAAUUGUUUUUCAUUGAUAAUUAAAUCGUGAUAGUUGACAACGUACAUUGACGUUGUCAUCAUCGUCAUCGUGUUGUUAAUUUUAUUAUUAUUGCUACUGCUACUGCUGCUGCUGCUACUGGUGGUGGUGGUGGUGGUGGUGGUGGUGUUGUUGCUGCUGCUGUUAGGGGUGUUUGUUAAUAAGAUAUCAAAACAAUCGGUGCACGAAGUGAGAUUUUUGAUCGAGCAAAGCAUAGGGCGGGGGUGCGAAAGGGUAGUUUACGAAGUGGCACCGAGGUGGAAAUUCCUCGAACGAAACCAGUGGCCAGCAGUUUCCUCUGGAGGCGCUCAGAAAACAGUCAAGAUCCAUCGCAGCUCGGAGAUGUCGGAGAGUCAAGUUUUCAGCUCAGAGAGAUUAUGACAGGAACAUAUCGAAGAUCGACUAAGAGAAGAAUUUUCGUGGCAGGUGUGCCCAUCCAACAAAUCCCGAUGGAUCGGGAUAUUCGAACUGAGGGAUAAAUAAAAGAAAAGAAAAAAAAAAAAUAAAGCGGGCAGAUAAUAUAGGAGAUAUAUCUUCUUGGAAAACUAAAUUUUCAACGUUGGUCAAAGUCUCUACGAAAAGGAGAAGAAAAUGAAAGCGCGUGCGAAGAUGAGGAGCAUAUCGCCAGGGGCGGAAGGACCCCUGGUGAAAACGAAUUCGAUGAAGAAGGUACUGAUGGGAACCCUAACACUUGUACAAUAUUCCCACUAAGAAUGGCGACUAACACGUCAAGGACUCAAUUAUCUGCCACUGGAGUUGGCUUCCUCAGGAGUGCAGGCCAACAACACGUCAACUUCGAUCCUGAGGCACCCCCUUUGUCACCCCUAGAACAGACUACAAGUCUACUCGAGAGACCUGACGCUGAUAAGAAAGUUAAGAGGCACAGCAUCCACGGAAUGAUGGAGGAGGAAAACGUGGUCAGACCUCACCAGGAAAUGACGAGUCUUUCUAUGCAAGAGAAAAAAUAUUUGCUUGCAGUAGAACGCGGUGAUGUGGCAUCCGUAAGAAGAAUGCUUCAAAGUGUACACGAGACAGAAUUGAACAUCAAUUGCGUGGAUCCUUUAGGAAGAUCAGCUUUAUUAAUGGCAAUUGAUAAUGAAAAUCUUGAAAUGGUGGAAUGGUUGAUCGAACACAAAGUUGACACGAAGGAUGCAUUGCUUCAUGCAAUUUCGGAAGAAUUUGUUGAAGCUGUCGAAGUACUUCUUGAUCACGAAGAAAUUUAUCAUAAGGAUGGUGAUCCCCAUAGCUGGGAAGCUCUACCACCGGAUACCGCAACUUUCACACCGGAUAUAACACCAUUGAUUCUAUCAGCUCAUAGAGACAAUUACGAGAUCAUCAAGAUACUUUUAGAUCGUGGAUCAACUUUACCAAUGCCUCAUGACGUUCGUUGUGGGUGUGACGAAUGCGUGACGUCCAGACUUGAGGAUUCCCUGAGGCAUUCAAGGAGUCGAAUAAAUGCCUACCGUGCCCUGGCAUCACCCUCUUUGAUAGCAUUGUCCUCCAAGGAUCCCAUUCUGACAGCCUUUGAACUUUCCUGGGAAUUACGUCGACUAUCUUUUCUCGAGCACGAGUUCAAGUGCGAAUAUCAGGAAUUAAGAAGACAAUGUCAAGAUUUUGCAACUGCAUUGCUCGACCAUACGAGAAGUUCAUACGAAUUGGAAGUUCUUUUAAAUCACGAUCCAAAGGGACCAGCAUUCGAGCACGGCGAGAGAAUGCACUUGAAUCGUUUGAAAUUGGCCAUAAAACUUCGACAAAAGAAGUUCGUGGCGCAUCCAAAUGUUCAACAACUACUCGCAUCGAUUUGGUACGAGGGUCUUCCCGGUUUCCGUAGGAAAAACAUGCUCCUACAAGCUAUGGAAAUCGUCAGGAUCGGCUUACUAUUUCCUCUAUUCAGCGUGGCAUACAUCAUAGCACCUCACAGCACCAUUGGUCAAACUAUGAGGAAACCAUUCAUCAAGUUCAUCUGUCACUCGGCAUCAUACUUCACUUUUCUAUUUAUGUUAAUUCUAGCCAGUCAGAGGAUAGAAAGUGUGAUAGGUAAUUGGAUGGGACAUAGUGUUAUUGAAAAUGAUACGGCUCCAACUAAAAGGGGUGCUGCACCGAGCAUCGUUGAAUGGUUCAUACUAGCAUGGGUCUCCGGAUUGAUUUGGUCAGAGGUUAAACAACUUUGGGAUGUUGGUUUGAAGGAAUAUGCCAAAGAUAUGUGGAACGUGAUCGAUUUUGUGACGAAUUCUUUGUACGUUGCCACGGUGGCCCUUAGGGUCGUCGCAUAUUACAGGGUACAAAAAGAAAAUGUAGAAUUGCAACGAGAACAGUGGGACACAUGGGAUCCAAUGCUAAUAUCCGAAGGCUUAUUUUCGGCUGCCAAUAUUUUUAGUUCUUUAAAACUCGUCUACAUAUUUUCCGUAAAUCCCCAUCUCGGACCACUUCAAGUUUCAUUAUCAAGAAUGGUUAUGGAUAUCAUGAAAUUCUUCUUUCUCUACGUCCUAGUAUUGUUUGCUUUUUCUUGCGGUUUGAAUCAACUUUUAUGGUAUUAUGCCGAUAUGGAAAAGAAAAGAUGUCCUUCAGCAAUGCCGCAUUCGUUAAAUGCAAACGUAACCACAGAUUCAAACGCUUGCAUCGUUUGGCGUAGAUUCGCCAAUUUAUUCGAGACAACUCAAACGUUAUUCUGGGCUGUUUUCGGAUUGGUAGAUCUCGAAAGUUUCGAAUUGGAUGGUAUUAAAGUGUUUACGAGAUUCUGGGGUAUGUUAAUGUUCGGCACUUAUUCUGUAAUCAAUAUCGUCGUACUUCUAAAUCUUCUAAUCGCCAUGAUGAAUCAUUCCUAUCAAUUAAUAUCCGAACGGGCCGAUGUCGAAUGGAAAUUCGCAAGGAGUAAACUUUGGAUAAGUUAUUUCGAAGAAGGUGGAACAGUACCACCCCCAUUCAAUAUCAUUCCAACACCAAAGAGCGCUUGGUACGUUGGCCUAUGGAUUUAUCGGAAACUCUGCGGUCAUAGUAGAGCCGCCAAAAAGGAACACAUGAGAACAAUAAGGAAAAAAGCUAAACAAGCAUCCCAACGUGAUUUUCGUUAUCAAAGUAUAAUGAGAAAUUUGGUCAGACGAUACGUCACGGUUGAACAAAGAAAAGCUGAAAACGAAGGUGUCACCGAGGACGAUGUUAAUGAGAUAAAACAGGACAUAAGUGCGUUUCGUUGCGAAAUUAUCGAAAUAUUGAAAAAUUCUGGCAUGAACACAUCUACGGCGAGUGGUACUGGAACUGACGGUAGCCUUAAAGAGCUGUCCAUAGGUGCGGGAGGUAAGAAGAAUCGGCAAAAGGAACGACGCUUGAUGAAAGGAUUUAAUAUAGCACCACAACCUGGUAGCAGUUCUACUUUGUUAGAACCUGUAGCAGAAUUGAUAGCAUCUUGGAAAGAAGAACAACAAGAAAAUUCUCAUCACGAGAUAUACGGUUCUACGAGAAGUGAAAUAUUUGGUUUGGGUACGAUGCCGAAAAAAAGUUUGCAUCAUAGUAACGCCUGCAGGCAAAGUCGUGGUGUUCGAAGUAGCUCGAAAAAGAAACGUUGGGAUACAUUGAUCGAAGCUGCGAAAGCUCAUAAAGUUUCGAAAAAAUUUAUCGGUAGAUCUCGUUCAGAGGAUUCCGUUUAUUCACCCGGAUCGGAAGAUGGUGGUUCGAGAUCAGAAGGUUCAACCGAUUCAAAAUCAUCCUUGGAAAUUCAACGAAGUCACGAGGUUCAUAGACGCCAUGCUCAUCACAGUCAUCAUUCCCAUCAUCCAUCGGAAACUCAUCAUGGUUUUAGUCGUAUGGCUAUAGUUUCCGCUUUAACUAAAAAACGUAAAAAAUUUUCUGCAUCGAGAGUAUCGACUCCAACUAUGACGAGUACCAAUUCGAAUACAAUCGAAAGUACAACGCAACCCAUAGCUUCGAUUCUUUUAUCAAAAGUAUCGAAAAAACAAUUGCAACGAGCUAGCAGCGUACCAACCAGAGCUCCGGAACUUGGUUCGCAAACGAUACCCCCAAGACGACACGAAGUUACCCAAAGUCAACAACCAAGUUUGGAUACUGCCGAAAUUACCACUGUUACCGAACACCAAAGGGUGGUCAGUGCAGUCCCAUUAACACCAUCGACUACGGAAGAAAGUAUGAUUGCAAGCGGAGCAAUUUCAAUGACGGUCAAAACAAAUGGUUCGGCUACGCAACUUCAACGACUUCCUGGAAUCGAACCAAUUUCUGGGCAUGACGUAUCAGCUGGUUGGCUCUGAGUACGGCCCCGUCAUCGAACAGAUCGAUGACGAGCCUCGGCGAUUAAAAGAUCAACGCGAGAACAACCCAAUUCGGAAUUGAAUAUUUUCGAAUACGACGAAAAUUCGAACGAUUAAUGAAGAAUUCGAAUAAUUAUUCAUUUCCAAAGAUUUUUUUUUAUUUCUUUGAAGUUCGAUAAAAUAUAUCGAAUAAAAAAAGAAAAGAAAAAAAAACAAGAAUGAAAAGUGAAAUGAUGAUGAAGGGAAUUAAUAGAAAACACAAUAAUGAACGAACGAAUAAAAUAAUUAACAAUAACAAUAAUUAUUACCAAACCAAACAAACCAACAAAUCGCAAUCGGCAGACGCACACAAUGAUGCCUUUUUUUGUUUUUAUUAAUAAUAAAUAAUCUUGCCAAUUAUUUAUUGUGACGUCGGAGGAAACGCGCGUUUAAAAAUAAAACUUUCGACGAUACGAAAUUUAAGAUUAAACGAUGAACGUUUAUACGAACAAAAGUAAAAGUAAAAAACAAGAAAAAAAAAAAA